UUCCAUACUGUCAUUGUCAAAACGAAUUUCAUCAUCGUCGGUAGUGCUUUCAAUCGAGUUUGGUUCAUUUUUUGUGCGUUGUUUGUAAUUGAAUGCGUAUUUAUUUGUGGUGCGUAUUUAAUUAAAUUUCGGCAACAUUUUUGCAAUGGACCAGAAAGAUUGAGACGAGCGACCACGAUCACAUGAGAAACGUGAAAAUUUGUGAAUAACAAAAGAAGUAAGAAUGGAAAGUCGAAGCAACGACCCAAUGUCAACCAACACGAUGCACCACCCAAAAUCACAAUUUAGUGGUACGGUUCUACCGAGAAUGUGUAUGGCUUCAAGCAGUUCCACAUCAUCGGCCAAUUCACAACUAACGGACAGUGGAAUCUCAACGGCAAGCAGCCAAUCAACACUCUCAAAAUACGAAUGCGUCCAGUACAGCAGUUUCCCCAAUUGUGAUGAUGUGGACAAGUACGAGAAAAUGGCCAAAAUUGGCCAGGGCACUUAUGGCGAGGUGUUCAAAGCUCGCGUUCCGUCAACCAAUAAAUUCGUUGCAUUAAAACGAAUUUUGUCAGACAACGGACAACCAGGCUUUCCGAUAACUGCGUUGCGAGAGAUUCGCAUAUUGCAACGGUUAAAACAUGAAAAUGUGGUGAAUUUAAUCGAAAUUUGCCGCUCAAAACCAACGGCUAGGACUCGAUAUAUGUCCAAUUGCUAUUUAGUGUUCGAAUUUUGCGAGCAUGAUUUAGCUGGACUGCUAUCCAAUACAAAUGUUAGAUUUAAUUUAGGCGAAAUCAAGAAAGUGUUACAACAAUUACUGAAUGGCUUGUUUUUUAUGCAUGCAAAUAAGUUGAUGCAUCGCGAUCUAAAGCCCGCCAACAUUCUGCUUACCAAAAAUGGUGUGUUGAAAUUGGGCGAUUUCGGUUUGGCACGAACAUUCAACGUACCUAAAAACUGUUAUAAUGUACAAACACCGCCGAAUCGUGUGGUUACACUAUGGUAUCGACCACCAGAGCUUCUUUUGGGGGACACGAACUAUGGACCAGCUAUUGAUAUCUGGGGCGUUGGAUGUAUAAUGGCUGAAAUGUGGACACGUAUGCCAAUUAUGCAAGGCACAACUGAACAACAGCAAAUUUUUCUCAUUUCCCAUCUGUGUGGUUCUUUUACACCGAAUGUUUGGCCAGGAGUGCAGAAACUUCCAUUCUACUCAAAGAUAGAAUUGCCGUUGAAUCAGACGCGAAAAGUGAUGGAACGGCUAAGAGCCUACGUAAAAGACACUCACGGACUGAAUUUGAUCGAUCAACUACUGCAAUUGGAUCCGAAGUCACGUUUUGAUGCCGAUGCUGCCUUAAACCAUGACUUCUUCUGGCAAGAUCCAAUGCCAACUGAUCUGAGCAAAGUGUUCUCGAAACAUCAACGAAGCAUGUUUGAUUUGCAUACGCGACAAAAACCAGAUCGGCUGAGACAACAAAUGGUGGCAAAUCAACCGCAAAAACGCACACAGGAUACUGGAUAUGUGGAUCAUAUUUAUUAAGCCGAUGAAAAUGUAUAAAUUAGCUAAGAAUCUCAAACUCAGGUUGAAAAAAAAAACUAAUUAAUUAAAAAUAAGAGCGUUAAAUCGUUUUAAUUUUAUUAAUACACCGAAAAUUCGAGCAGAGAACUCUAUUCGGUUGGUUAUUAUAUUAAUUAAUAUUAAGUUUAACAUUUAUACACACUAUUCAAAUCACGUAUUUUGUACAAAAUAUUCACAUUUUUGUGUUGAGCCUAAAUUUUGAACUUUUUCUUUAAAUUUUCGUUAAAUCUUUUUCAUAAUAACUAAGGAACAACCAAUUAAAUCUUAAUAUUUAAUUUUAGGAAAAAAAAAUAUUCUAAAAUUUCAAGUUUCUCCCCUUAAUAAUUGAUAAACUAGAGCGUAAGUCGAUCAAUUAAAAUAUAAAAAAAAAUUUAAAACAAUUCAAAA